AUGCCAUGGGGACAGCAGGCGCAGCAGGCGCAGCAGGCGCAGCAGGCGCAGCAGGCGCAGCAGGCGCAGCCGGCAAACCAAAACGGACUCGCAAUGUUUAGUGCAGCGGCUGGAACUGGAGCGGCUGCUGGUGGAGCAAGUGGCGGUUUUGCUGGCUUUGAACCGGCAGCUGGUCUCCCGGCAUCACAGCCGGUUCAGGGCGGGGCCAGUGGCUUUGCCAACUUUGCGGUGUUUGGCGGAGAUCAGCAAGCUCAGCUCGGCGGAGGGCAGCAGGCUCGGCCGGGUAGCGGGCAGCAAGCAGCAGGUUUUGAGGCUGUGUUUGGCAGCGCGAGCGCGGCACAGCCUGAUCAGGGCGGCUUUGGUGCCACGUUUGGCACCAGCCAGCCGCCUGCUACCCAUGGCGGAUUUGCUGCCUUUGGCGGAGCCCCGGCGGAGACUGUGGCUCCGGCCCAAGCUGCGGCUCCAGCCCAGGACAAGUACGCUGUGUUCGCCGCGGCCUCGGGCCCAGGCUCCGGCAUCGCCACCCAGGCCGCUGCGUUUCCAGCAUUCGACGAAGCGGCAGCCGCACCCGCAUCACUGGCCAAUGACACACCAGCCCCGGUGGAGACUGCGGCUCCGGCCCAAGCUGCGGCUCCAGCCCAGGACAAGUACGCUGUGUUCGCCGUGGCCUCGGGCCCAGGCUCCGGCAUCGCCACCCAGGCUGCUGCGUUCCCAGCAUUCGACGAAGCGGCAGCCGCGCCUGCGCAGUCGAACAACGCGUUUGCAACGUUUGGGGCACCAGCCAGCGAGCCGUUUGCAGUCUUUGGCUCCAGCGAGGCAAAGCCCGGCCCCAGCCCUAAUCCGAGCCCGAGCCCGAGCCCAGGCUCUGUAUUUCCAGUGUUUGGCGAGCCGACUACGGGUGGUGAUCUGCUUGCCAAGUCGAAGCUGGCGGCAGGCGCGGCAGCCGAGCCGAACCCCGCGCCGGCGGCAGCAUCCGGCGCGUCCAAGCCAGCGGUCGCGCCGGCAGGCUUUGACACCUUUGGCACGCCGGCUGCAACCAACAACACCGACUUGUUUGCCGGCAUGAGUGCACCGGCAUCGAACGCAUCCGACGCGUCCAAGCCAGCGGUCGCGCCGGCAGGCUUUGACACCUUUGGCACGCCGGCUGCAACCAACAACACCGACUUGUUUGCCGGCAUGAGUGCACCGGCAUCGAACGCAUCCGACGCGUCCAAGCCAGCGGUCGCGCCGGCAGGCUUUGACACCUUUGGCACGCCGGCUGCUACCAACAACACCGACUUGUUUGCCGGCAUAAGUGCACCGGCAUCGAACGCAUCCGACACGCCCAAGCCAGCAGUCGCGCCGGCAGGCUUUGACACCUUUGGCACGCCGGCUGCAACCAACAACACCGACUUGUUUGCCGGCAUGAGUGCACCGGCAUCGAACGCAUCCGACACGCCCAAGCCAGCAGUCGCGCCGGCAGGCUUUGACGUCUUCGGCGCGCCAUCGACAGCCGGCGCCGGUAUCGUUGAAGGGGCCGAAUCACCGGCGAUUGCGACGCCCGAGACACCGACUCCUACCGCAAGCAGCGCCAAGUCCGCGCCGUUUGACCUUGCAUCUGCAUUUGGUUCCGGCGGGGCGGCAACGCCGGCGUCGACCAUGUCAGACGCAUCGUCCAACCCGUUUGGCAACGACUCGGCUGCAUCGCUUUUUGCCGGAACCACCAUGGCCGGGUGGGACUCGCUCUUUGCGCAGUACACCGACUCACCGGCGGGCAUGUCGGCCAAGAGGGCGGUGGCGGUGUUCAAAAAGUCGAACUUGCCCAAGUCCGUCCUCCGUCAGGUGUGGGACCUGGCCGCCGAAGGCUCGGCGACCCUCACUCGAUCGGCGUUCAUCACCGGAGCCAAGCUUGUGGCGCUGGUUCAGCAGCACGGCCCACCGGCUUCGCUGGAGCGGCUUGAGACGCUCUCCAGCACGCUGGAGUGGCCGUCGUUUGACUCGAGCUUCGAGUAUCACGACGACGCCGGGUCGAGCUCGGGCACGCGGUCGCGGGCCUCGUCGUCGGCAACCGCGCCCGCCGGAGGCGGGACGUCGUCGCGUGCUGCGCGGAUCCAGCAACUCCCGGCUGACUUUGAGUGCUGGCGGGCGGUGAUAGCCAAGGACGUUACCCGCAAGGGCAACAUCUUUGUCAAGCACACCGAGUACACGGUCCAGGUCACCGCUGGCUCGGAGCUGUCUGUGGUGAAGCGGCGGUACUCGGACUUUCAGUGGCUCGCCGACGUCCUCUCCGAGGUCUAUCCGUUCCGGCUCGUCCCGGCACUCCCGCCCAAGAAGCCAGUCAAGAAGCUGACCGACGAGGACUUUGCCGAGUUCCGCCGCCUCGGCCUCAAUGAGUUUGUCAACAACGUGCUCUCGCGGCCGGUCUUCUACCAAAAGCCCGAAAUCCUUGUCGCCUUUUUCCAGGAGGAGGGCAAGGGCUUUGAGCGCGCCAAGAAGGAGCUGCGCAAGGCACAGCCCGAGACCGAGCUCGAAUUUCACGUCCAUUCCCAGGAUGCCGGCGAGCUCCUCCGCGCCGGCAUCGACGCCUACCUCGAAGCUGUCCACGCCGAAGUCAAGUCGACAGCGCUUGCCGUCAGCGAGAUCGCUGACUUUUGCAUGGACGCCGCCGUCGCCCACUCGGCCUACACCGAGGCCAUCUCAGGGCUCGGCACCGCUAUGACCCGCCGCGCAGGCGACGAGUCCGGCAUCGCGUCGUGGUCUUCGACCGACUCCUCGUUUGCCAUCCAGGCCGAGGACAUGGUCAAGCUCGGCGAGGGCAUGGUCGGCGUCGCCGACAAGGUCCUCUCCUCCACCUCGAGCAAGCUUGUAUCGCGUGUUCUCAUCCGCGUCUGGAUGCACGCCCGGCGCGCCGAGGCCUUCUCCGCCCUCUUUGACACCGCCGCCAAGGAGUCCAAGUCACUCGCUUCGCAAGAGAAGAAGCUCCGCUCGACCGAGGCCAAGGUCCAGAAGCUCCGCCGCGGCGGCAAGACUGAUGGUGUCGAUCGCGCCGAGGAGGCCCGCGUCGCGGAGAACCGCGCCGUGGCCCAGGCACGCCGUUCCUUUGCCUUUGUCAACUAUUGCCUCGACAAGGAGGCCGAGUACUUUCGCUCCAAGCAGGUCAACGAGAUCUCGUCGUUCAUCGACAAGUUUGUCCUUAUCAACCGCGAGCACUCGGCCGCCAUGCUCAAUGCCUGGAACGCCAUGCUGUAGACCUGGGACACGUCUCAAGCCCUUUAAACCGCUGCGAGCACCAC